CGUGCAAGACGUGAUCAUGCUCCUCGGCGACUCGCUCACCCAGGCGGCAUCGCUCCCCCACGGCUUCGCGCAAAAACUGUCGUACGUGUAUAACCGUAAGCUUGACGUCGUCAACCGCGGGCUCAGCGGGUACAACACAAAGUGGGCGAUCCCCGUCUUUGAGCAGUGCCUCGCGAGGCGCACGGGCACGAACGCGGACCAACUCUUCCCAAAGAUCCAGCUGCUCACGAUCUGGUUCGGUGCGAACGACUCCUGUCUCGAGCACAGCCCGCAGCACGUCCCGCUCGACGACUUUGUCGAGAACCUUGACAAGCUCGUGCACACCGUGCGCUCUUCCGCAUCGGACUACUACACACCCUGGACGCGCGUCGUCCUCUUCACGCCGCCGCCGGUGAACACCCACCAGCGCGGCGCGGACCUCACGAGCCGCGACCCCCCGCGCGAGCUCGACCGUGCGUUCGAUGUCACGCGGCAGUAUGCAGAGGCCAUCAAGCAGGUGGCCCAGAAGCAUCGUGUGCCCAUAGUCGAUGUGUGGACGAUACUGUGGGAAGGGUGUGGACAGGAAGAGGCAAAGCUUACAAAGUAUCUCACAGAUGGACUCCAUGUGAAUGAGGAGGCGUACGAUCUCAUCUAUGACGGGCUCAUGAAAGUGAUUGGGGAACGUUGGCCUGAGUUGUUGCCUGACAACCUGCCAAUGGUUUUCCCUCCAUGGGACCAGAUCAUCAAUAACCCGGGCCUUGAGAAGCGCAUCCUCUUCAAGGAAGCUUCCCUUCGAGACUGAACACAAAACAAUUUAGAAACCUGAAGAAUGUACCACUGAUGCCGAAAUCGUAGGGCGGAGGACCGUCACUCAUGUUAGCACAUAGCUACAUUAACCAAGCAUUACGACCAUGCCCUUCACAUGUAUACUAGUCAUACCUCGGUAUCAUCAACAAAGCACGUCUGCAAACGUCCGGGUAUAGAUCACAGUAGUCCUUUUAAGUAUCUCCUACCUGGCCCCCUUACCUCGCAGCCAGAAGACAUCAGGAAUCCUUGUCAGACUGCUCUGAUCGCUCUGUUGGCUGUGCGGACUCCAUUUCCUCAUCGUCGUCCACGUCCUUCUGCUCUGCCCACCAUCGGCCCGCUUGCAAGACGAGCACGCCGGUGAGUGCGACACAGCACAUGAGAUGAGACGAUGCGAGCUCGAGCGUCGGUCCGCGCAGGGUCGGUGGGAAAGGCGGAAGACUCUGGGUCGCGGCCAUUCCGCUAGACGUGGGCGUGGACUGGUGCAUGAAGGGGAGCGGGAGGGGCUUGAAGUUCUCCACGAGGUUGGGGAGAACCGAAUAAACGUACAUAAUGACUGCAGAAGAGUACAGCAGGAUGCUGCCCCCGUCGAACAUCAGGUUGCCCGCCCUGAGGUCACCAAGGCUCCAAAAGAGUGUCGCCCCUCCAACGAGCGCGACACUCGAGUACACGUACAGUAGCUGUGACGGCAUGCGCGAGAGAAUCGAAUAGUACGUUGCCGCGGUCCAGAGCCGCGCAUCGCUCUGAGUCUCGGGACUCUUCCAGAGCGUGAGCGAGUCCGCCAUCCAGUGUGUAAACAGCAGUCCAAGAAGGAACGCUGUCGCACUCACGACGACGCUCAUGCGUAGGCCUGCCAUACUAUUUUCGGUGUCGUAUAGCACAGAAACAGGAUCUGUUUCUGACGUGGGGGUGCCCGCGCAGGGGCGGAU